GCACACCAGGAUGCUUUAAGCCAUGAGAAUUUUGAUGCUCCAGCUUCUCCCUCUGUAACUAGACCACCAUCUUCCCCAAUCUCACCCUCCACACACACAGCACCCUUCAAAGCUCAAGAAUCUUUGGGUGAUCCUGAACCGGAUUACAACACGGUGAAUGACCAUAAGGAAGACACCACUAAGGAUUGUGAUCACGAGGAUGAUGGGGACGAACCUCCUGUUUUUGUCAAAUAUGAUGACUGGAAUCUCAAUCACAAAUUGGGUAAAAUUUCUGACUCAACGCUUUGUGGAUAUUUACUGGUUGGACCCUAAUGCUAUUCUUUAAGUAAACUGCUCUUAUCUUAUCUUAUUGACUUCUUGGGCUAAUCUGGCUAUGCUCUAAUACAUGUG